CCUCGCGCGCACACACACGCACGCGGCUGCAGCUCGUGUUCCCUCUGUCUCUCUCUCACACACAGAGCGGAGUGUUGAUUAUUAUUAGUUUAUUAAUAAUACAGUACAGUGCGCGCGGAUGUUCACGCGGGGUUUGUACAGGACACACCCGGGAGAGUGAGGGACUAAAAUCAGCCGAGUCACCGCGAGGAGAGACACAGAGACAGAGGGACAGAGACACAGAGAGGACAGCGCUGCAGAUCGGACCCCGUGCUCACACCCAUGUUGGGGGAAGGCAGUCGAUGGAGGACACCGCCCUCAAGCAGCCCAUUAUGGUUUCCAGAUUACCAAAAUUUGGCUCUCGUGCUACACCUGCUGCUGGACCCUUAACCAAUGGCUCGAGCCAUACCGUUUCCCCUGCAGGGGCUAAAGGAGUACCUGUAGGAAAGCAGAACGGGGUAAUUAGGCUCCCUGCUCCUGUCGCUCUGAAUGGCCGCAAGGGGAGGGAGGAGAGUGGAGAGAACGUUACAGAGUCUGGAGAAGAGUCUCGAGUAGUUCUGCGUUCUCAGCAGCAGCAGCAGCAGCCACGCGCUACAGGGACUGUUAGGCAAAUUCGGAAGCCCUCAGCUGCCCCAGUGGCCAAAACCCAACGGUCCAUCCCCACUGUACCAAGUACCAUUCCUAGGAUCAUUGCCCCACCCACAAAAACAAAUCCGCAAAGUACUGCCCCCAAACAGCCGUCGUCCUUACAGCCCCUGGGCAGCAAGCUAGGUGUGGGCGUGGUCGCUGCUAGCCAAAGCUCUUCCUCCUCCUCUGCCCAGGGGAGUCUUCAGAGCAGCCUUUCUCACUCCAGUGACAGCCUCAAGUCCCUCUCCGUGGAGAACGCUGUGCGCUCUCAAAGCUUCUCCUACUUGAAGAGGCCUGCAGCUCCCACUAACCCCCCUCUGACACGCUCCUUCUCCUUUAACCGGGCAACAGAGCUAGCAAAAGAGCUGCCCAGGCCGCUAGCACAGUCUCCGGUGGCCCGGCCUCCUGUCACUCAGCCCUCCACGCUGUUAGAUCGCGUAGCAAAGCCUACCGUAGCAGCGUGUCCCAUCUCCUCUCUACCGUCCUCAACCUUGAAGAAAUCUCUUUUGCCUAACUGCACCGAUGGCAAGCCGUUGUCUCUAAGCUAUAAGCUAAUGCGGCCAUCCUUCAUCAAGCAACCUCGCUCGGUCGUGCCGAUUAAGGUCCAAGGGAAGGCGGAGCUUACAGAGACGGAUGAAGAUUCUGGAGAAAAACCUUCACCCGUCUCUGAACCGUCCACCAACACACACAGUGAGGGAGCCGCUCACGAGGAACCCUUUUCCACCAAGGAGGGAAACGAGGGCCAUGCUCCGUCUCUGGAGAUUUUGGAGGACAUGUCCUUGUCGUCCACAUCCUCCCUGGAGCGCAACGACGUGAGUGAAGAGUACAUGGACGAUUUCGAUGACUUGGGCAAUGGAGGUGGGAUCCUGCUCCUCCCUCUUCACGAGCGACAUAGCGACCACAUGGGGCUCUUCAAGGACGCUGGUCUGGUGGGACAGUGUGAGGGGGGGACAUCAGUCACGAGUCUGCACAGCUUCGUCUCCGAGACUGUAGACUGGGCCAAGAUCGGCUUCUCAGCUCGCAUGGCGGCGGCCGAUGCCUGUGGGACUCGCGGUCUGUCUGCAGAGGGAGAUCUGGCUCACGGCUCGUCUCUGGAGCUCUCACCCUCGGACAGCUCGGGAGGAACCUACAUGUGGGACGAGGAGGUUCUGGAGCCGAUCGGACGGACCGCACCGCUCUGUGCCAGCUUCGACUCCAACCUGAACAGCAUGGACAUUCUCAAUAACCUGGACAACCUGGACUCCUGUGAUCUGGAGGACGAUGACCUGAUGCUGGAUGUGGACCUGCCAGAAGACGUCUCCCUCCACAGUGAUGUUGACGUGUCGCCCUGUUACGAUCACUCAGAGGGGAGUUACUGGCCCUGGAGAAAGAGACAGCAGUGCAGGGGGAUGGGCGAGCUGCUGCACUUCCAGGACCGAGAUGGAGUUCUGCAGUCGUUUGAUAACGGUCCCAUGCUGAGUUUGAGCAGGAGUGGGUCAGAACCAUCGUCUCUGGAUGAGUUGAUGCUGAAGCACAUGACCCAGGAUUGUGUGUCUGUCAAAGAACAGCUGUUUCACCUGAGGACACUGCUGCAGAUGGAAGAGGAUGGGGAGUCUGAGCGGUUUGUGUCCAGUUCAUCUUCUGAAGAGCCGAGCUAUCAACAAGUGGACGAGCUGCUGAAGGAGGUGCAGAAGCUGAGGGAGGAGCUCCGAGGGAAAGACAUCCUGAUCUCAGCACUCACACAGCAGCUGUCAGCUCCUGUAGCGGUGACGCCGUGUCUCUGCCAGCAGGGGGCGCCACAGAGACGAGCGCAUCAGGACAAAAGCACUCAGACUCCAUGGAGAGCGCAGAAGCCUCAGAUACUACAGCCUUCCCAGCCCUUGGCCAGAGAGCACAACAAGUCGGCCAGACCGUCCCUCCCAGCGCUCUCAGAGGCCCCCAGUGACCGUGUGGAUGCCCAGCUUGGUGAUGGUCCAGUAAAGCCCCAGUCCUGCACUGUAGUACCAGUUUCUGCCACCAGUAAUGCCGCGCUUCCGUCCUCUGUGCCCGCGACUGCGCCUGCUGUUAGCGCCGCUGCUGCCUCUUUAUCCUCCAGCACUCCAAACUCUGAUAAUCUCAUGCUCCUCCUUAACACACGUCUCCAAAUAGAUGGGCCGCACAUCCCCAGGGCUCAAGUCAGUAACCACAUCCAGCUGAGGAGGACGACUCCACACCUCGCCGACCCUCGCGCACCCGGAGACAGGAAAGCUCAUGUUCUCUUGAAACCCAGAGGAGAUGAGCGGGCGGCUUUAGGGCGAGGAGGGCGAGGUGCGUUCGGCGUACCGUCCAGGAUCAGAUGUCUGCCCCCCCCAUCCCGCGGUCUGCCCUGCAUCAGUGCGGUAUCACAGUCCAGUCUAACUCCAUCGGUACACGGCGUCAGAACGGUCUCUGCUCCGAGAGACGAGGAGAUCAGCUCAGCCCGGGCUCAGGAUCAAUCCCACUCCUGUAACUCUCGCCUCCCAAAGCCAAAGAGCCAUUAACCCCGCCCCUCUGCUCCUCCCUGCUCCUCUUUCUUCUUCUUCUUCUUCUCCUCCUCCUCUACAGCAAAGCUCAGGGCUUCAGGCUCACCGCUCCACGGCGCCCCCCGGCUGUAAAAGCCUCAUAUUUAUUUGAUCUAGCAGUGUGUUCAUUGUGUUCAAUCUUGGCUCUGUAUUUAAACACGCAGGUCUCUCUUCAGAUGAUCUUCAGCUUCAGGAGAUCAUCAGAAAUCUACUGCUGAAAAAAAAAAAAUCUUUCAGAUCAAAGUCAGUUUCAGAUCCUAAUGAUGUGCCCAGGAGUCUGGAGUGAGUGAUUGGCUGUGAGUGGGCGGGGCUUUCCUGCUUUACUCUAUCCAAUCAUGAGCUCAAAUGUCUCCCAGCAAUGAAGCACGGGGAGCAGAGCAAAGCGGGACGGCCCAAAAACUUCCAGAAGUAAAAAGAAAAAAUAAAUAAAUAAAUAUAUAUAUAUUAAUAAUAAUAAUAAUAAUAAUAAUAAAGACCCCACUCAGUUCCUGCAGUGUGUACCAGAUGAAAGCUAAACACACCCUCACAGGCCUUCUUUAUUCAGUGUGUUUUAUUUUGAAAGGCUGUUGACAAUCCCCUUUAUUGCCUUUAAAUCUUCACCAUCUUAAUGAUUUCAAUUCUAAACAUUUCACCUGAAGCUCGCGACCCUGCUGACAGUCCGACGGUCAGCUUGUUAUCUUUAUUAGUACUGUGUGUGUGUGUGUGUGUGUGUGUGUGUGUGUGUGUGUGUGUGUGUGUGUGUGUACAUGAGUAUAGAAAUCCAAACAUUUCCACGUGAACUCCUCCUGCUCUGAUCGCCUCAGUGGCUCCUCCGCCUGGUGAAGGAGAGUGAGGCGGUGUGAUCUCUCACUGAUGAAGCAGCGCCACACUCUCCUCCUCCUCCUCCUACAGCAGCGGUCGCUCUUGUUUUGAGUGACUGUAUUAGUUCACUUUCCAUGUCUUAAUUAAGUUCAUUUAGUGGUUCACAAGGACAACACCUUGGGAACCCCCUGACCCCUGACCCCUGACCUGCAGGAGAAAGAGGGAAAGAGAGUCAUAAAGUGGAGGAGAUGCAGUAACACUCAUGAGAUAAAUUUUCUGCCAUUUUCAGUUCUUCCUGAAGCUCCUCCCACAGUGUGUGUUUGAGAGUGUGUGUGUUCUGGAGAGAGUGUGUAAGAUUAGACCAAGUGUGUCGAAUCAUUUUCAAUGUCAUUGAUCCAUUCAGUGAGGAUGUGGGUGGGGUUAUAGUGCAGGAGGCCACACUGAACUUACACACUUCUGGUCCUGUGGUGCAGUGAAGUAGGUGACGCCCUUUACUCACAAUCUACACACAACUUUGUAAAUUUCUAUGCAAGAUUUUAUUAAGUUGAGCUUCCUGGAGUAUGUGCUAUGAAAGUUUAAUUUGCAUCCCAGAGCGUAACACACACACACACACACACACACACAC